ACUGUUUUGCCCAAGCAAUGGCUUCUCAAGACUUUACUGUAUUAUACACUCACCAAAAAAUGAAAAAAUCAAAGACAUGGCAAGAUGGAAUGCUGAGGAUUAGAACUGGCGGGAAUAAGGCUAUCUUGUUUGAUGAUAAAGGACAAUGCUUGGAGAGUAUUUUUAUAAAAUCUCAGGUGAAUGCUGGAGAUAAUUUAGAAAGUGAACGAUAUUUGAUCACAGUUGAAGCAGUGAAAGCGAGUGAAAAAUCUGCUGAAGAUCAGCCGCGGAACACAGAAACUCCGGCAAUGGACAGAAAUGGUGUAAAGCCCAGUGUUCUGCCUCCAAGACAUCUCUCUGUUGGCUUGAAAAGGAAGUUUUCAGGUUUCCAAGGGCCGCGCCAGGUUGAAAAGAAAAUACCAACAAUGGGAGAUGGAGAAAACCCAACAACAUUGCCCUUAUCUAAGCAGUGUCAGGGUGCUUUUCCAUCCAAGUUUUAUACCACCUCUCCAUUAUUUUCUACGAUUUGCAAGAAGGAUGCUGGAACAAAUCUAUCUGCGGACUUUCGUGAAGAUGCGUGUACGGAUAAUGAUAGAGAACGCAUGUCCCUCUCCUCGCUGCUUUCAGCUCCGUUUCUUGACAGAUAUGAGGAGACAGAGAAGCGAAACGCUGAUCGGUCGACUGUGAAGCCAGAAUCUCCUUUAAUUACCGGGCACGCCAUGUCUUGUAGUCAGACAGCUGGUCCCGGGGCAGUGUCACACAACAUCAGGAGCACUGCACAGAUAAUAGCUCUUCUGAAGUCCAAGCCAACACGAGGAUGCAGAGAGCAAACGAUGUCUGAAGUCACAGAAUGUCUUUCUAGGUUUCAGGCAUCAGAAAACGCAGGUAGCUUAUAUAACCAAAACAGCACCAUCCUACCUGCUUUUUCAGGCAACCCUGCCAAAAGACUCACGCAAAAUAUUACGCACUUUUCUCCUGUGAAGGAAACUGUAAAUGAUAAAAAGGAAUGGAAUGCUGAUAUGUUUCUAAAUUCAGCUGAGCAACCUUGUGAUAAAGAAGUCGCAGGACAGACAUGUGUCAAAAAGGCAAAUAAUUUAAGUCAGGACUUAGAAGAUCCCUGCAAUACAAAGAGUUUCUUCCCGCCUGAGUCCACCCUAAGUAGCAUGAGUGACAGUCAGUUUGUCCCAUCUUCAGGUGAUGUUUCGCGUUCAGUGGGUCCGAUCACAACUGAAAGAAAUCUCUUUAGGUACAGGGCGCAUUUAGUGACUAACGAUGUGAAUGAAAAUUCAUCAGUGAAGUUGCAAAGUGAGCUUCAGCCAAGGCAAAGCCCGGAAAGAGUGCCCGGUGACCUGGAGCUCUCUGUGGGUGUAACACUGACUGACACUGGAAUGGUGAAGGAGGAAUUACGUAUGCAUGACAAAGACUGUGGUCCAGAUGAACAGGUGAUGGAGGUUAACUUUAAUCUAAUGGAGGCUUUUGAUUUUAAUGAUGCUGACAAUGAAGCCCUGUGUGAAAGAGAUGUGAAUAAGCUCACUGAAGGAGAUGUGCUUUCACCAAGUCCGGAUUGCUUAAAGGGAGAUGUUGUCGCGCAAAAUGCUGCGCUGAGACUUCGCUCUCGCUGUGAAGUGGUGACGCACAGUAAAAACGAAGAAGUCAAAUGUUCAACAUUUGAUGGAGAGAAGGAUGGAAGCCACUGCGCCGAGGGGAUACCGUCUCAGCGUCGUCACACCAGCGUUGGAGAUGCAGGGAGAAUUGCAGGAGGCUCCGCAAAGCAGACCAGAUCUGAAGCGGAGCUUCUGGGUGAUGGACACAAUGUAAAAGAGAUGAAUGAAAGUCAAUCGAGUACCGAAGCCGCCAACAAUAAGAAGGAUCUUCUUGGCUGUGCAGCACAUGCCGUUAAAGACACAGUGUGGAUAAAAAGCAAGCCCUCUGAUCCUUUGCCUGGUGACACAAAUGUUACUGAAUGUCACCCUAAAACCAGUAUGUCUGAGAAAACGGAAACUAUUUCAUAUAUUUCUACCAAAAUGACUGAAGAUGAUGUUAUACAGCUUGGACGCAUGAAAUCCCCAGGUGCUGAUGUAGAACACUUCUGGGGUACUAAGAGUGACGAUAUUAAACCGGGUAGUCCUUUGCUGGCUUUGUCACAAAAAUCAGAUCCUAGCUAUGGCUCAUUCCGAUAUAGCGCAGAAGACCAUGAAACGGCAUUUGGCGUUUCACGUAAGGAAGAUAGUCUAAUUUCCAUGAGUUCUGCCUAUCCAUUUGGAAAAGACCAUUCGUCUCCAGAGCGAACGGCGAUAGGUGAAACCGAGUCUGAAAAUAUGGAGAUGGUAAAUGCCUUUCAUGAAGCCCGCCAAGGUGAAGGAAUAGGAAUGGAUUGCCUGAAAGGCAGGGCAAUGGCUGAAAAUUCGUCAUCUCUUUCCGACUUGGUAAACAAUAUCGCUCUUGUAAGAGCUUUGACUCAACAUAGCACAGCAUUAGAAAGCUUACAAAAGAUGGAGGAAAAUAAUAGCGUUUUACGUGAGGCAGAGACUUCUAAAGAGAUGUUUGGGCCCCUUGUGAAGGACGAAGCUAUAAAAGAGUUUACAGAAAUGCCUUACUCAGAAAGUGCACAGGCAUCUUCCUGUUCCUACUUUGAUUCUUCUGGCCUUAUGCCCAACUGCGUGGACAACUUAUUACAGAAAACAGAGGCAUGUAUUCAACCAGUAGUGGCAGCCCAAAGAGAUCCUGGAAUAUCUGGCUGCCAACCAAAGUCUCCAGGCUCAAGAAGCCUUCAUGAGGAUGAUCUCAACUUUAUCAGAGAAGAGAAUCUUCAAGUGGAGUCUAACGUAAUUACGGAGUCAAGAACGGAUCUGUCCCCAUUGGCGUUGAAUGUGUAUUCUGAAGGUCCACCGUGGACAGUGUCAGGCUCACCUUCACGUUCUGGUUUGAGACAAAGGCAGUGGACUCCAUGGGAACCUGACAAGAUGAUUUCAUCAGUAGAACCAACUUCCACGCUUGAUCCCGACUCUACAAUUUCUCCAGCUUCAGGAAAUGAGGAAUCUGUUGGAGCCAUCCGGGAGCCCCUGAUAGGCGGGAUCUUGCUAAGUGAACCAGAACGUUCGCAUUUCUUUCUCAGCCGGGAGAAAUCCAGCUAUCCGGAGGAACGCAACCUCUCAAGAUUGAAACCCGCAGUUAAAACACCAUUUGUUACUUUUCCUGCCACUGAGAAGAUUCCUGACGCGGUUUAUCCACCUGACGGCGAGAAGCUCGGGCAGUCUUUUGACUCUUCAGUAGCCCCUCUAGGCCAGAAGUCAGCGGUAUUUCCCAUUAGGGCUUUUCGCCCUGAGGACAGAAAUUAUGAAACCUCUGUGUUUGGAAAGGAUACAGAGGACGGACAAAGGGAACCCGUAGAAGCAGCAUUCCCUAAUGCGAGUUCCCGGUACAGACAAAGCAAGUGGCUAAAAUACCAAAACAGUGCUCAGAGUGACUUGAUAACUCAAAACAGCGAUGAUGGGGAAGUGACGGGUGACAUCUGCGCUGAGAAGGUCCUUGGAAUGCCGCUGGGUGACAGGGGAGAGAGCGCUGCUGUGGAUAAAAGUGCUCCUGGCUCUGCACCUCCGCCGACAGCAAAGAGCCUGCUUGGUAAAUGCUGUGCCAACACCCGCAGCCGAGAUUUGGUUUCAGAGAGGAAGUUACUUUCCCUGCACUUAAGUCAGACACCUUUGGCUGAAGCUACACAAAAGGUGUUGAGUCAUCUGAGCUGCCACGCUGUAACAGGAGACGGCCAGGACAUAACAAUUUCCGAGUUGUCUUUUCCUGAUGUGGAUAAAGUAAAAUAUGCUAAUCUUCCUAAAAGGAAGAUUUCCAUACCAAUUGUCUUUCCGUCUCAUGUUCACUACAAACAGGUUUUUAAAGCUGCUCUGACAGAGCAAUUAAACAUAAUGCUGUUUGAGUUGUCACAAAGAUUGCACGAUGCUCUUUCAAAAGUGGAUAUAUCAUUUUACACUUCGCUGAAAGAUGGGCCGAGUGAGAGCAAGGAAAGCUGCGUUCCGCUCUGCAAUCACAUGCGUCCUGCGAAGCUUGUUACGGUUAAAAAAGAAGGUCAAAACAAGGGUCGUUUGUUUUAUGCCUGUGAUGCCCCAAAAGCCGAGCGGUGUUCGUUUUUCAAGUGGAUAGAAGACGUGAACCCCGCGCAGAUAAAAUCCAGACCUAGUGUAGUGCUUCGUGAUGUAAAAAGUAUCGGGACGUACCUCAGAAGUCAAAAGAUUUCUCUCUAUGAGGGAUGCCAGCUUUUGGUGAGGAAAGCCUUUGAAAUGCAGGCGCAGCGGUGUAGCAAGUUCAAGAAGUCUAUGAAUACGCCUGCCAGAUUUGAUGCCGAUUCCAAAACCAAAUUAUACCUCAAACUGAGCAGAAAGGAGCAUUAUUCUCUCUAUAGCAAAGAUGAUAUUUGGGUUGUUUCGAAGACGCUGACCUUUGACGCCCUGGAUACUUUCAUUGCGAGUAGUGCUUUCUUUGGACCGUCCUCCAACAACGAAGUAGAAUUACUACCAUUGAAAGGCUACUGCCCCUCAAACUGGCGAUCCAACAUGUGUGUUCACGCCUUGCUGGUUUGUAACGCUAGCGGUGAGCUUACCUCUUUAAGAAAUAUGGAGGAGCACUUCAAUCCGGCUACGCUACCACUAAUACCCUAUCUACUAAAAAAGAAUUUUGAUGCCGAAAAUGCUACGAGGAGAGUCAACAGAAGAAAAUUUAUUCCACCUGCCGUCAGCCUGAAACACGCGAUGAUGCACGGACCGGUCAGCGCUGAGGUGGCGAUGGGGCUGGCCAAAAAGAUGAUCCAAACGUUCUCGUUGAACCCGGAUCAAGCUACGUCACUGGUUCAGAUAGCUCAGAUGAUGACCUCGUGUGACAAUACCAAACCGCUGGAAGAACGUCAGAUCUUCCCGAUCACGAUCAUACGUGGUGUUUUUGGAGCUGGGAAGAGCUAUCUGCUGUCUGUUGUGAUCUUGUUCCUGGUACAGCUCUUCGAAAGCAGUGAAGCUACGGAGGGUCCGAGGCCAACUCCCUGGAAACUUCUGAUUGCUUCUUCCACUAACGUCGCCAUUGACAGGAUACUGCUGGGUCUACUCGAUCUUGGAUUCGAGGAUUUUAUCAGAGUGGGAAGUAUUAGGAAAAUCACCAAAGCAAUUCUUCCCUACAGUUUACACGCUGGCUCGGGGAAUGAAAAUGAGCAGCUAAAAGAGCUGCUUGCUCUCAUGAAAGAAGACUUAACUCCAGUUGAAAAAAUAUAUGUAAGGAAGAGCAUUGAGCAACACAAACUGGGGACCAAUAAAACCAUAUUGCAACAGGUAAAAGUGAUUGGAGUGACGUGUGCUGCCUGCCCCUUCCCGUGUCUGAACGCUCUGAAGUUCCCCGUGGUGAUGCUGGAUGAGUGCAGUCAGAUGACUGAACCUGCUUCUCUCCUUCCUAUCGCAAGGUUUCAGUGUGAAAAGCUGGUCCUCGUUGGAGACCCGAAGCAAUUACCGCCCACUAUUCAAGGGUCUGAGAGCGUGCAUGAAAAGGGAUUGGAGCAGACUCUCUUUGACCGGCUUUGCUUAAUGGGACAUAAACCAAUACUUCUUCGGACACAGUACCGAUGUCACCCUGCUAUUAGUGCCAUAGCCAACGAGCUGUUCUACGAAGGACAUCUGAUAGAUGGUGUUUCCGAGAAAGACAGAAGUCCUUUAUUGGACUGGCUUCCAACGCUAUGCUUUUACAGUGUUAAUGGGGAAGAGCAGAUCGAAAGAGACAACAGCUUUUACAACAUGGCAGAAGUUCACUUUACAGUCAAGCUCCUCCAGGCUCUGAUGGCGAGUGGAAUCGAAGGAUCUGCAGUUGGUGUGAUUACUCUUUAUAAAUCACAGAUGUGUAAGAUCCAAAAUCUGCUUAGCGGCACUCGCUCCGAGGCGUUUGAAGUCAAAGCUAUCCAGGUCUCCACCGUAGACGCCUUCCAAGGAGCCGAGAAGGAGAUCGUCGUUCUGUCGUGUGUAAGAACGAGACAAAUUGGCUUCAUAGACUCGGAAAAGAGAAUGAACGUUGCGCUAACGAGAGCCAAGAGGCAUUUGUUGAUUGUCGGAAAUCUGGCCUGUUUAAGUAAGAACAGACUGUGGGGAAGAGUAAUUCAUCGCUGCAAAGGAUGGGAAAAUGGAUUACAGCACGCAAGCCGGUGUGAGCAGCAGCUGAACGACCUUCUGAAGUCUCAUUUGGAGAAACGGAAAGAGGAGGAACGGAAUAAGAAAAAGGGAAACUAAACCGUGCAUCUAUUUUCAUGGAGAAAAUAGGAACUGCGUGUCUGUAAAUAUAAAUUAUCAGGAUGAUUGCAGAUUAAUAUUUAUAUUUA